AUGGCUGUAAAUAAUAUGGGCUCGUACGAGCGCAGUGACACAUCCAAGUACGAACGGGGUGACCCCAAGCACAACCGUAAGAAGCUUUAUAGUCGGGACAAGAAGUUGAAUGCGGGAAUCAAGAAGAUCGAUAAGCAGUACCAAGAAGCAUUGCGGUCUGCUGCUGGAACUGAAUUAUUACUCCAGGAAGAAGCCGGGUUCCUCGAGGCUGACGGUCCAAUGGAGAAGACUUUCAAGUUCAAGCAGGACGAUAUCAAGGACGUCGUCGACCAAGGAACUUUGAACAAGACGUUUAAGUUAAGUUUAGCCCAAUACGGGCCUUACCAAAUGGAUUUCACCAGAAACGGUAAAGAAUUGUUGAUUGGAGGCCGUAAAGGCCAUGUAGCGCUGAUCGAGUGGCGGACAGGACAGUUGGCAUGUGAGCUCCAUUUGAACGAGACUGUUCAUGCCGUGAAGUACUUGCACAAUGAUCAGUACUUUGCAGUAGCCCAAAAGAAGUACACCUUCAUCUACGAUAAAACUGGGUUGGAAUUGCACCGGUUGAAGCAGCACAUCGAGGCCACGCAGUUGGAGUUCUUGCCAUACCACUUUUUGUUGGCGACGGCAGGAAACACUGGGUUUUUGAAGUAUCAUGACGUCUCUACCGGCCAGUUGGUGAGCGAAAUAAGAACUAAAUUGGGACCCACUCAGGCCAUGAAACAAAACUCGUGGAACGGAGUGAUGCAUUUGGGCCAUGCCAACGGGACCGUCACGUUGUGGUCUCCAUCGAUGCCCACGCCGUUGGUCAAAAUGCUUUGUGCCAGAGGGCCCAUCCGCGACCUCGCAAUCGACAGAGAAGGCAAGUAUAUGGUGGUGGGUGGAAUGGACAAGACUCUUAAGGUGUGGGAUCUUCGGAAGUUCAAAGAAAUCGACGAGUAUUUCACUCCCACCCCCGUUCAAUCGUUGGACGUAUCUGAUACUGGGUUGGUAUCAACUGGAUGGAAUACGCACGUAACGGUGUGGAAAGAUAUGUUCAAGUCCAAGCAGAAUUCGCCAUACAUGAACCAUUUACUUCCUGGCGACAAGGUUGAGAAGUUGAAGUUUGUGCCGUUUGAAGACUUUUUAUGUGCUGGCUCCGGCAAGGCCGUGCAGAAUAUCAUUGUUCCUGGUGCUGGUGAGGCCAAUUAUGAUGCGUUGGAAUUGAAUCCAUUUGAAACCGCUAAGCAGAGACAGCAGCAGGAAGUCAUCUCCUUGAUGAACAAGUUGCACCCUGACACCAUCACACUUGACCCUAAUGUGUUGGGAACUGUGGAUAAACGUGCCAACAGCAUAAGAUUAAAACCGGGAGAAAUCAGCGAGGUUGCAACUUCUCCCGAUGCAAAACUCCAAAUCCGUCCAGACGUAAAGGGAAAGAAUUCUGCCUUGAGAAGACACUUGAGAAAGAAGACCCAAAAUGUCAUUGACCAGAGAAAGUUGAGAAUCGAAAGAAACUUGCAGUUGGAGAAAGAGUCCCGUAAGAGACAACAUAACGACAGAAUUGGAGUUGAGAACGACAGUGAUGUGUUGAACCCGGUAUUGUCGAGGUUUGAGCAGAAACGCUGA